CUAUUUUUCAUCCUAGAGUUUAUCUUGGUGUUUUCCCUCCUGUAGACAAUAUAUUUUUCUCUCCUUGUACAUGCGCUGCACACACUGUUUAUCUCCUGUGUCAUUGUAUGCUGCUGUGAAUUACUUCAAGACAGACCGAUGACAUGCUGCGCAGUCAGAGCAUACUGAAAAGCCGCUGUUGCGUCUUGUUCAGUGACCUGAAGGUGCUCUUACUAGGGGCACCGGCACCGUCCACUCCGCUACCUACACUCACCUCCAUGAGCGGACAAACAUUGGACAGCCAUGAAAGCGAGAACGUCCUUUCAGAUGUCAGUGUCUCUGACAACAACAACACGUUAGUGAGGGCGCAUCAACAAGAAGGUGGCUGUAGUGCCCUGCCGGCAGGGGGCGCUAGCGGGCCAGGGGCGGACAGAGACAGAGACAGAGUGGCGGGAUGGGUUGAUGCAGCAGAACUGUCAGCGGCAUUGCGUUGCAGCCGGUCCUCAGAUGACUACUCAAAAUCCCGCCUAGAGGAGCGGUUCUCCCUCACCAGCUACAGCGAGAGUGGCUUCAGGACUCCCCUGUGCAGGAUCUGCUUCCAGGGACCAGAACAGGGGGAGCUACUGAGCCCGUGUCGCUGCAGUGGGUCAGUCCGCUGCACCCACCAGCCCUGCCUCAUCAAGUGGAUUAGCGAGCGGGGCUCCUGGGCCUGUGAGCUCUGCUACUACAAGUACCAGGUCAUCGCCAUCAGCACCAAGAACCCUCUACAGUGGCAGGCCAUCUCCCUGACGGUGAUUGAGAAGGUCCAGAUUGCCGCGGCAAUCUUGGGCUCCUUGUUCCUGAUGGCCAGCAUCUCCUGGCUAGUGUGGUCCUCCUUCAGCCCCUCGGCCCGCUGGCAGCGUCAGGACCUGCUGUUCCAGAUCUGCUACGGCAUGUACGGCUUCAUGGACGUAGUCUGCAUCGCAUUGAUCGUCCACGAGGGACCAUCUGUGUUCCGCAUCUUUAAUCGCUGGCAGGCCGUCAACCAACAGUGGAAGGUUUUGAACUAUGACAAGUCUAUGGACAGCGAGGACCUGAAGGCAGCCGCCACUGACAGGACUUUGUCCCAUCCAAGCCAAGGUCAGCAGGCUGAGCUUGGGGUGUCCACCUCCACCUCUUCCUUGAUGGGACCAGCCCCAGCUGCCCAGGCCUCCUCCCCUGCACCCCCCACAGGCUCUGGACCCGUUCUGCCCCCCCAGGCUGACCAGGACAAUGGGACUGCAGCACCUGACCAACACUGUCCAUACAACAUCCUCCACCUCCUCAGCCACCUGAGGCAGUCUGAGGCCCGCAGCCAGCCCAACAACAGCACCCGGGAGCUGGUCAUGAGAGUAACUACAGUAUGAGGAUUUAUUUGACGCCUUAUUGUGUAUAGGU